GACGUGUAAAAUGUACCAAAAAUAAAUACUGAUUUACAUGAAAAUAUUAUUAUUAAGCAUAUGAAUUCUUUCUAACUAACAAAAAUGUCGAAUCCAGAUCGAAGUAAUACCUUUGAUAACUUAUUAACAUUCCAAGAAUUUUCUCCAGUCCAUAACAAUUAUUCCAGUGAUGGUAGUGCAAAAAUUGACGUUCAGCAAUCCCAAAAUUUUUCUCAAAAAGAUUUAAGUAAUGAUGCUAUGGUGGACUUAAUGACUGACAUGAAAGGUUCAAAUUUGGUUGCUGAUAAGCCAGAAGGAACGCCGAACACAGGGUCAUCAUUCUUAAGUAUACAAUAUUAUCAGCAAUUUUUUAAUGUAACUACACAAGAGGUAGUAGAUAGAAUAAUCUAUUCCAUGGUUCCAAUACGAGCCCCGCCAAAUUAUCUUCAAAACUCAAUUGAAGUCAAGCCAGACUUGUAUGGACCAUUUUGGAUUCAGAUGACUUUGAUUUUUACAAUAGCAAUCUCGGGUAAUUUAGCACAUUACCUUCAAAAUGCAACAACACCAGAAAGGGCUUUAAAAUGGCAUUAUGAUUUUCAUUUAGUAUCUUACGCAGCCACAACAAUAUUUUGUUAUUGUAUAUUAAUUCCAAUUGGUUUAUGGACUGUUUUCAAAUGGAGCACUAAGCCUGUGGAUCCAGACAGUUUAGAAGAGGCAAAGAAUGUUGCAUCGCCAAGUGUUUUAUCACUUCUCUGUAUAUAUGGAUAUUCAUUAGCUAUAUAUAUUCCUGUAUCAAUACUAUGGUCAAUUCAGGUAUCUAUAUUACAAUGGAUUUUAUUAAUAACAGCAACAUUCUUUUCUGGAUCUGUGCUUGUGACUGUUUUAUUGAGCUCAUUGAAGAGAACCAGACACUAUCUUAUAAUUUUAUCUGUGAUUUUAACUCUUCACUGCAUUUUGGCUGCUGGAUUUAUGUUGUAUUUUUUCCAUGAUCCAAAUAAGCAGGUGGAAAUUAUUGAUGCUAACAAAGUUGUUCAUCCAGUAGACAAUACAAUAUCCCCAUAAAAAUGUUAUGAAAAUAUGCAAAUACAUUAUUAUUACGAAUUGAUUAUAUAAGUUCAGAAUCUAGUAUUUAAUAUUAUGUCAUAGAGCUUAUGUAAAAUAAAUAUAGUUGCUCUUU